ACACAGAAGCUGAAGAUAAAACGCUGUGUUCUCGCACUCAAGGAACCGAAGCAGUGCCAAUGAAUUCUCUAAUCCAGGAGCUCAGUGCCGCCUGCGGCUGCGCCAUGGCCAGGAAGAGGGCCGCGGAGGAGCACGCGCUGGGCGUCCCGGUCAACAAGAGGAAGUCCCUGCUAAUGAAGCCGCGCCACUACAGCCCCAGCGUGGACUGCAAAGAAGACCGAGACGACAGGCCUGAGGACAGCAGCCCCUCGGAGGCCAGCGACCGCCCCACUGCAGAAGAAGUUGUGAUGAAAGCUACUGACGACAAACUUCACCCGACUGCACAAGAAAAGCCCCACAGGAAGGAAGACAGAUACGCUUGUUACCAAGAGCUUGUGGUCAAAUCUUUAAUGCACUUGGGGAGAUUAGAAACAAAUAUGUCUGUUCAGACCCCAAGUGAAAACUUAAAUGACAGUGGCAUUCAGUCUCUAAAGGCGGAGAGUGACGAAGCAGACGAUUGCUUUAUGAUUCAUUCUGAAGAUGGAAGAGACAAAACCGAAGGUUCCCAGCCUCCAUUCUGCUCCUCCUCUGACAACGAGAGUAACUCGGAUGGUGCAGACAAUGGCUGGGACAGCGGUUCCAACUCCUCCGAUGAAACCAAAACACACAGAGUCCCAAAGUUUGUGUUGACAGAGGGUAACAAAGACCUCUUGGAAGUCCCUGAAAUAAAAGCUGAAGGCGACAAGUUUAUCCCUUGUGAGAACAGAUGUGACUCUGAAACAGAAAGGAAGGACCCUCAGAAUGCUCCCAUGGAAGCCCCAGAAGGCAAAGCCCAGCCUUCCUUCCCUGAGGUCCAUGAAGAAAACGGCGAAAGCCUGGCAGUGAUGACAGAAGACUCGAGUGAGCUGGAGAAGGCCAAGGGGAACUUAAGUCUGCUGGAGCAGGCCAUAGCACUGCAGGCCGGGCGAGGCUGUGUUUUCCACAGCACCUACAAAGAGCUGGACAGGUUCUUACUGGAGCACCUGGCAGGAGAGAGGAGGCAAACCAAAGUUAUCGACCUGGGUGGAAGACAGAUCUUUAACAACAAACAUUCACCAAGGCCUGAAAAGAGAGAGACCAAGUGCCCCAUCCCUGGGUGCGAUGGCACAGGACACGUGACGGGGCUCUACCCUCACCAUCGCAGCCUUUCGGGGUGCCCCCACAAAGUGCGGGUUCCCCUGGAAAUUCUCGCCAUGCAUGAGAACGUGCUCAAGUGCCCCACCCCGGGAUGCACAGGAAGGGGCCACGUGAACAGCAACCGCAACACCCACCGGAGUCUUUCUGGUUGUCCAAUUGCUGCAGCUGAAAAAUUGGCCAUGUCCCAGGAUAAAAAUCAGCUAGAUUCUCCCCAAACCGGGCAGUGUCCUGACCAGCCUCACAGGACAAGCUUGGUGAAGCAAAUUGAAUUCAAUUUCCGAUCCCAAGCCAUCACCUCUCCCAGAGCCACCGGGUCAAAAGAACAAGAGAAGUUUGGAAAAGUACCCUUUGAUUACGCCAGUUUUGAUGCCCAAGUUUUUGGUAAACGUCCCCUCGUACAAAUAGGGCAAGGACGGAAAACACCACCGUUUCCUGAAUCAAAGCAUUUUUCAAAUCCAGUGAAAUUUCCUAAUCGGCUGCCUAGUGCAGGCGCCCACACACAGAGCCCUCGCCGUGCCAGCUCUCACAGCUACGGUCAGUGCAGUGAAGACACCCACAUAGCAGCAGCUGCUGCCAUCCUGAACCUCUCCACCCGCUGCAGGGAAGCCGCAGACAUUCUCUCCAACAAACCGCAGAGUCUGCAUGCCAAGGGGGCCGAGAUAGAAGUGGAUGAAAAUGGCACGUUGGACUUAAGCAUGAAGAAAAAUCGAAUCCUAGACAAGGCGGCACCCCUAGCUCCCUCUGUCACUUCUAUUCCAACUCCGUCCUCUUCCCCGUUCAAGACGAGCAGCCUUCUGGUCAACGCGGCGUUCUAUCAGGCUCUUUGUGACCAGGAGGGCUGGGACGCACCUAUCAACUACAGCAAAGCGCACGGGAAGACAGAGGAGGAGAAAGAGAAAGACCCAGUGAACUCUCUAGAAAAUUUAGAAGAAAAGAAGUUUCCCAGUGAGGCCUCUAUACCAAGCCCCAAACCCAAGCUCCAUGCAAGAGAUCUCAAAAAAGAACUCAUCACCUGUCCGACGCCGGGAUGUGAUGGGAGUGGCCAUGUCACAGGGAACUAUGCGUCUCACCGCAGUGUUUCUGGGUGUCCUUUAGCAGAUAAGACUCUCAAGUCUCUCAUGGCUGCCAACUCUCAGGAGCUCAAAUGUCCAACCCCAGGUUGCGAUGGUUCAGGGCACGUGACUGGAAACUAUGCUUCCCACAGAAGCUUGUCCGGCUGCCCUCGAGCAAGGAAAGGUGGUGUCAGAAUGACCCCUACCAAGGAAGACAAAGACGACCCUGAACUUAAAUGUCCUGUGCUAGGGUGUGACGGCCAAGGUCACAUAUCAGGUAAAUACACAUCACACCGCACAGCUUCUGGCUGUCCCCUGGCUGCCAAGAGACAGAAGGAGAAUCCUCUCCAUGGGGCCCCCCUCUCCUGGAAACUGAACAAACAAGAGCUGCCACACUGUCCCUUGCCAGGCUGCGACGGGCUGGGCCAUGUAAACAAUGUCUUUGUCACCCACAGAAGCUUGUCCGGAUGCCCUCUCAAUGCACAAGCCAUCAAAAAGGGGAAAGUCUCGGAAGAACUAAUGACCAUCAAGCUCAAAGCUAGUGGGGGUAUAGAGAGUGAUGAAGAAAUUAGGCAUUUGGAUGAAGAAAUAAAGGAACUGAAUGAAUCCAACCUUAAAAUUGAAGCAGAUAUGAUGAAACUUCAGACCCAGAUCACGUCUAUGGAGAGCAACCUGAAGACCAUCGAGGAGGAGAACAAGCUGAUCGAGCAGAACAACGAGAGCCUGCUGAAGGAGCUGGCCGGCCUGAGCCAGGCGCUCAUCUCCAGCCUCGCCGACAUCCAGCUGCCGCAGAUGGGACCUAUCAGUGAGCAGAAUUUUGAAGCUUAUGUAAAUACACUCACAGACAUGUACAGCAACCUGGAACGGGACUAUUCCCCGGAAUGCAAAGCUCUACUGGAAAGUAUCAAGCAGGCAGUGAAGGGUAUCCAUGUGUAGGAUCGCGGCGCUGCGGGGCAGCAGAAAUCACCAACAGCAGUAAGCUCCAGAUGGAUCUGUUAGGGGUUCGCGUACUGCUAAGGCCUGGAGAUUGCCGCACCUGUAUUUACAAUUGCAACAUUGCACUAAUUUCCCC